AUGAUUUCUGAGGGCUCUCCAGUCAAAGAGGAAACGUUUACGAAAAUUGAUGUUCCCACGGUCAGAUCAAAGCCUACUACUACCCGUGCACGAUUCCGAAAAGUGACAUCAUCGACAUGCCGUACAUACUCGCUCAGUGAGAAAUAUCGCAUUCUUGAAGGUGUUGGAGCACGUAACCAGCUUUACAUGGCUGAGGUAUGGCUUUGUUCUGUUGCAGGCGUAUUUGCACGAAGUUAA